UGCCACCUCCCCUGGCCCUCUCACGCUGUGCAGUUUCUCUGAUGCAAGACUGUCCCGGCCCAGAUAUGGCUCGUGGACAGCAGAAGAUUCAGUCUCAGCAGAAAAAUGCCAAAAAGCAAGCUGGACAAAAGAAGAAACAAGGACAUGACCAAAAGGCUGCUGCCAAAGCUGCCUUAAUAUAUACCUGCACUAUCUGUAAGACACAAAUGCCAGACCCUAAGACCUUCAAGCAGCACUUUGAGAGCAAGCAUCCUAAGACUCCACUUCCUCCAGAAUUAGUUGAUAUUCAGGCAUAAAGUUGUUUACAGGGGAAUUUGUGACACCUUUGACUCUUCUCCUGUCUCAGACCUUAGGUAACAAACCUGCAGCUGCUUUGCUAACAAACUGUUGAUCAGCAAAAAUAAAGGGGCUACAGAAACACUCAUUUUUAUGCUGUUCCCUUUUGGGCUUCAUGCAAAGACAAUUCUGUGUAAAUGUACAGUUGACUCUGAUUUGGAAAUCUGAAAAUUAGUCCAUCCUUGUUAUAAAAAAAUUUUUUACAAUUGUAAUUAUAUUGAUGUUCAUAUUGUAUAAAAUUACUCAUUUAUUAAAGUAGUACUUUGAUUUUACAACAUC